UUAUUUGAAAUUCAAGUCGGAUAAAAAAUUCCAACAUUUCCCCAAUCCGUAAUGGCUAUAAAUUUCGAAGAAUUACCCCAUGAAAUUGAUGUAUCGGCGGCAAACCCUGUGAGGACAACACGCACCGUCCUCGAAGAAAUCAAUGCCCGCCAACAUUUAUUGCUGGAACGCUCGGUAAAAUGUAAAAACAUUCCUCCCUUCUAUGAAAAACCGAAAAAGCAGCCGCCACGUUAUACCUACAAAUAUUUUUGUGUUUGUCCCCGCUAUAAUCCCCAAUACCCCUGCCAACAUAGUGGCAAUGUCGUUGUGGAUCGUGAUGUUCUUACGCCACGCGAACACAUUGUCUAUUUGUCUACACCGCGGGCAAAUCAUGCAGCACCACGCCGAAUGCCAAGAUUCUAUCAAAAGAAAUUCAUUUUGCCAAAUUGUACGGCUCGAAUAAAUAGAUUAGCUUCGCCGGAUUUGAAACGUGUCUCGGAGACAUUUGCCAAUUUUAGGCAUAUCCUAUCGAAACGACAUCGUUCCGCAUUGAAGGAACAUCUACAACAAAAGCCCAAGGUGGAGUAUACGAGCAUUGCGACAGCUUUGGAAUGGAUGGCCGAAGAGAGACGUCUGAAGAAGGUGGCAAAACGUAUGGAACGUUUGCGUUGUCAAAAGAUAUCACGGCAAAUUCUACGUAAACAGCGUACACAAAUUAAGAAAAUCAUUUGUGUUCUCUUUGAGGAGAUGCGGGAAUUUCUGUUGAAUGAUCAGUUUAUUAUGGAUGAUGGUUCGCCAUUGGUCGAGGUGAUAUUGGAAACAUUGAGAGAAUUUACAGAUAGGGAAUUCUUUGUGACGAAUAAUUUGAAAGAAUAUCAAAAGAUUUUAUCCCUCAAUUUGGCCGUGUGGAUAAAUAAGUUCAUAUCGAAUUUGAAUAUACACAUUGCUGAAAGUCCCCAACAACAAUAUGGACAACAGCAGCAGCAGCAAAUGGCACCUCCAAUGUCCGAUGGAAUUCUUCACGAAAUGCCACAAUCUUUUCUACCCCUUGCUGAUUAUAUUCCCUAUACCAGUAGCUCGGAAACUAAUUCCAUAGAUCAAAGGCAAGCAUGCUCCAAGAUAAAGCAACAAACCAAUAAGACCAAAUGAUUUUGGGCCAAAAGAAACACCAUAGAGUUGGGCAUAAUGUUUGUCAGCACCAACUUACCCUUGAUUUGUGACCACGUCAGACCCUUGAAAAUAUCAUUGUUUAACUGUUUGGUACUGUGAUUUUUCAAAAUUUCCACUGGCAUACAACGAAACAGGAAGUGUAAUAAAUUCUGGAAAGGAUAUCAA